AUGGCGGAAGAGGUGGAGGAGGUACCUUGUACCUUCCAGAGCUGCAGACUUAGCUUCAAGUCUGUCAGUGAGAUGCAGCACCACAAGGCCAAUGCAGACAGACAUUCAUACUGCAUGAAAUGCGACCUCGACUUCCAGUCUCAGCAAACCCUUCAUUUGCACAAGAUUAUGAGCGACCGUCACUUUGCUUGCCCCGAAUGCUGUCUCGAGCUCCGAAGCGAGGCUGGCCUGGAGGUUCAUAUGAGAAACAAUCAUCACGAAGGCCGCGAAGUCGCUUGCAUGGGUUGUGGUUGCAAGUACAAAUCUGCCGCUGCAGUCAUCAAACAUAUCGAAGACAAGGAGUGCCCUGUCCUUUCCCUGCCAGAAAAAGCCCGCAAGGGCACCAACUGCGACCUUCAUGGCACAGCAAGCGUUCUGACUAUAGGCAGAGAUUCUCCUGGUCCACAGACCCCCUCUGAUACCUCCAGCUCCAGCGAGGACCAGGAGGUGGAGGGUGGCGUUCUACUGGAUCUCUCUACACCCCGUAUGGAAGCAACGCGCCUUUCUGGCGAUACUAAUGAGGCGACCACUCCUCGUAAUAACUGGCCUGGACUAGGCGCUCCAAUGACCCCGCUCCAAAGAAUGGCAGGAAGUAGCUCCACUGAAUCACCCGGCGGCAUCAUCUUUGACGAUAUUUUCGUUACCUCAGUGCACCAAGAAAGUCCUUUCCUGUCUCCUCGUGGAGGCAUUGAGCAGUCAGGCGAGGCAGGUUCCUCUGAGUCUACCCGGAUUUUCCAAGAAGCAGGCCCCUCUGGCUAUGCUCGUCCCACUCGUUGCCGAGCCACAGCUCAUCGCAAGAUUCAAGGCGUGGAUCCUGAGAGCUUCUGGAAUGCCGAAAAAGGUCGCUACUACUGCAACUGCGGUUCAUCUUUCUUGUUCAUUGCCACCUUUGAGUACCACCUCACGAUGGAGGAUGAGACAAUCAAUGAUUGUCCUCGAUGCUUCAAACGAUUUAGGACAUUCGCUGCACUCGUCGCGCAUAUGGAGGCUCGGUACUCUAAGUGUGCUUUCCGUGUGACUACUGGGCAAAUUGAACAGGAACUCAGCGAAGUUACUCGUGGCUUUGCCCAUAUCCCGCGGAUGAUUGGUGAAGAAUCGGAGCUGGAGGAGAUCGCUUUUGAUGUGAGUAGCCAACCUGAGCGCAAUACUCCCGGAUCUUCGGAUGAAGACGCUGCAUCUUUGAGCGUGGAUUAUCUCUCCUCAAACCCAGGGCCUGUAUGCUCGAAUGCAGAUGAUGUCUCUUCGAGAGCAGAGGUUGUUGGUUCGAUUGUAGAUGACGUCUCUUCAAAUCCAGAGGCAGUCUAUUCGAAUGGAGAUGAUGUUCCUUCAAAUGCAAAGGACAAUGCUUCAAAUGUAGAUGCUGUCUGCUCAAAUGCAGAUAACGUCUCUUGGAACGCGGAUGCCGUCUCUUCGAGUGGAGAUGCUAUCUCUUCAAACGCAUAUGCCAUCUCUUCAGAUUCAGAGGCACUGUCAUCCAAUGCGGGUGCUACGUCUCCCAACGCACAGGUUGUUUUCUCGAAUAUGGAGUUUCUAGUGGGUGGCUUGGAGGAAAUUGUCGUUUCCGAUACGCACAACCAAAACGAAGAGGACGAUGAAGAGGAAGAACUUUGA